AUGGCUCCCUUUCCCACUAUCGUCUUCGUGCCGGGCGCAUGGCACAGCCCGGAAUGUUAUCGCAGAGUGAUCGACCGACUCGAAGCUGCGGGGUACGAGACGGACCUCGUUCAUCUUCCUUCUGUGGGACCAACUCAGCACCUGCCAGACUUCUCUGCCGAUGUGGCCCAAAUAAAAAGCCAUAUAGAGCGUCUAGUCGAUGCCGGCAAGAAUGUCGUGCUCGUGGUACACUCUUACGGAGGAGUGCCUUCAAGCGAAGCCGUCAAAGGGCUUGACUGCGACAGCCGGCAGAGUAAUGGCCAAGAAGGCGGAGUCGCUCAUAUCUUCUUCUGCUGCUCGUUUAUCAUUCCUGAAGGGAAAUCUCUCAUCGGCGCCUUCGGGGGAAAUGACUUGCCAUGGUUCAAUGUCUCUGCGGAUCGCCUGGAAAUUAACCCAGACAGACCAGACGAGGUUUUCUACAAUGACCUAUCAGAAGAAGAUGCUCAGGCGGCAGUCAAAUCUUUACGUCCGCACAGUUAUCAGGCCUUCCUCAGCCCAUGCACAUAUGCUGCCUGGAAAGAAGUUCCCAGUACCUACCUCUACUGUGCCCAGGAUAAUGCUAUCCACUUAGGGAUCCAAAAAAUGAUGGUGGAGGAUUGGGCGGCAGGUUAUCCCAUCCGCACAGAGUUCCUCGACGCCUCCCAUAGUCCUUUCCUCUCGAAGCCGACUGAAGUAACAACGGCGAUCAGAAGAGCAGCUGGGGAAGAGAUCUGA